GUGGCGUUCGAGGGUAUGUGCAUGGGCUGGACGUGGGCCCUCUACCUCUGCAGUGAGGGCAUCGAGAGCUGCAUCUCGGACGCGGGGCUCGCGAUGAUGAAGGACCGUUCGCCCGUGCCGGCUACUUGGAGUCAGAGGGGCAUGGGCGGCGCUUGCGUGGGCAACGUCACCGCGGUGGCGGCCAACCCUCCUGGUGCUGCUAGCGUUCUUGAGAUGGUGGAGCGCGUGGCCAAUGAAGGGGGCCUCUCGCUGCGUCCGCCUGAAGUUGGGAAGCUCGUGGAGUCGCUGGGCCUGGUCCUCGACGUGGAGAGGCUGGAGCUGAGGCCCGCGCCGCACAGGCUCUGGCGUUUGUGGGCCGCCGCGCAGUCGUUGAGGUGCCGCUCGCGCGUGGGGAGCGGCGACCUGGAGGUUUGGCUCGGGCGCGCGAUCAGCAUGAUGAGGCUGGGGCGGCCGCUGAUGGCCAUCCUGCAGGAGGUCUACCGCCGACUGGGCGUUCGCCGAGAGCGUCAAGUCUGCAUCGACUACGUCUUGCGUCGCGAGAUGUGGGCUGUCCAGAGCGUGUUUUUUUUUUUCCCCUGCGUCGACCUGGCGAUGCCGAUCUCAGAGGUGGUGCGCGUCUCCGAUAGUUCGACGGAGGGGCGCGGGCCGCCGUGCCGCCGCGCCGGCGCGGAGGUCAUCCAUGAGGAGAUGCGGUACCGCGAGAGGUGGCGUUUCAUGGGGGCGGAGCCCGAGGCGGAGCGCUUGUUCUUCACCGCAGACUUCGCGCGGGAGGAUGUGUGGGAAAACGUGGGCGUUUCCGACCCCGCCGACCCCGACGAGCAGGUGUUCGCUGCUUGGGCCCUGGCGACCUGCGGCCUCUGGGCGUGGCCCGAGGAGCGCAUCCAUGUGAAGGAGGUGGCGGCCGACCUGCGGCCAAG